UGGUUCCAUCUUUGUCCAUCGCAGGGCAAACUGCUGCAGUGUAGUGAGUAAGAGUGAGGGCUCAGGAGCCAUGCUGCUGGAGUUUGAAUCUCAGCUCUUGCUACUUCCUGCUGUGGGACCUUGGGGCAAGUUUUCUUAGCUUCUCUCUGCCUUGAUUUUUCUACCUGUAAAUGGCGAUAAGAAAUGUAUGGUAUUUGUUACCCACGGUGGUUGGGAGGAUUAAAUAAAAUAGUGAACACAUUGAGUUCAUGCAUAAAAAGUGCGCAGAGCAUGGUCGUACUAAGAACUUAGCAUGUUAUUAUCGCCCUUCUGGUGGCAGCUUAAAUAUCCAGGCUCUGAGCAGCCUUUCCUGGUCCCGUGCUCUAAGCAUCUCACCACCUGCAUCCCUAGCUCAUCGCGCUACUUUAUUUCACGACAAAACAUGUUCUUGUUCGUGUGUGUAUCAUCUGUCUCCCCACAACACCCCACUCCCAUUAGAAUGUAACUUUCAUGAGGGCCGGGACUGUACCUUUCUUGUUGGCUUUCAUGCUUUCAUGAGCAGGAAAGUAACUUCUCAGUAAAUCUGUGUUGAGUGGAUACGCAAAGGACGGAGGCCAAAUCCCACUGACUCCCUCCUUUUUGGGUGGCCCUGUGAGCCCUGCUGGGUGCCUGUCCGUGCCCCACAUCUCAAGCCCACUUGGCCAUGGCCGGGCUCACAGUUUCCUCUUGGGAGUCCCAGGACAUAGGGCAGGGACUGCCCUGUGGACCUGUCUUAGAGACCCUGGGAACACUGGUGAGCUUUAGCUCAGGGUACUCGCCCUCAGCAGGGGGCUGUCAGAGCAUGGACUCUGGAGUCCAGCCCAUCUGUUUCCAUCAGAUACUAGUGGACCAGUUACUUAUCCCCUCUGUGCCUGAUUUUCCCAUAUGUAAAAAUGAGAGAAUACCAAUUACCUCAUAGGGCUGCUGCUGUGAAGAUUAAACAGGAUAAUAUAUGUAAAACAGAGCUCGUGGUUGGCUUGGAGUACAGCUCUCCAGAUGGUAGCUAUUAUUAUUAUUGUUGUUGUUGUUGUUGUUAGUGCCAUAUCCAGUGUCACUCUUCAGAGCACGAAUGGGGGUGCCCGAGGGACUUGGGUGGCGGAGAGAGGAGACAAACAUAAAGAAGACAUCUAGGGAAGGGAAGAACCGGAAUGGAAUAAUCGAGAUGUGUUUGCAUUCGUGUGUGCGUGUGUGUGUGUGUGUGUGUGUGUGUGUGUGUGCGCGCGCGCCUGCGGAGUGGGGUGGCAAGGAUCCAGAGGGGGAACCCGCCCCUUCCUCCGAGCUCAGCUCUGGGGAGUCGGGCGCUCAGGCUCGCCAGGCUGCAAAGAGAGCUGAGAGCUGCCUCGCGCCCCGCGCAGAACCGGCGGUGGAAUAACCAGCGCCUCGAGUGUGUACAUCUGGGACCAGAGGGCGGGGGAGGGGAACCCGCGCCCCCGCGGCCAACCCGGUUGGUGCAGACUUGGGGAUCCCAGAAGGGACAGUGCCCGCCCAGUCUCGGUGAUUGAGGGUCCCUGCCCGGGAGCAGCUCGGGCCAGCCGCGUGUUCUGGGGCCGCGGCUUCUCCCGGAACCCCCGCGGGCGGGGCCUGCCUUCCGGAGCCGGUUGGCGGGGGACAGGCGGCGCCGGGGAAGGGGCCGUUACUUUCCCAGAGUGGCGGGGCGACGUCAUGCGGAAGGGCGCGGGGCGCGCACGCUUUAAAUGGCAUUCGCUGUCAUCCGAGCUCAGAGCCGUGUGGGCAGCCGCGGGCUAUAUAAGCCGCGAGCCGGGCCGCCGCGGGGCAGACGGCGACAGCAGCGGCGGCGAGCGCCUCGGAGGGCGGCGGAACAGCGCCCCCCGAGCCCCGCGCCCCCCGACGGGUCCUCCCGCCCGCCCGCCCUCCCGAGGAGCGCUGGCCCGGGCCCGCGAGGGCCGCCGCCACCCCGCAGCAGAUUUGGAUCCCCCGCCCGGCGAGCCCCCGGCUGCUGCCUCCCGGGGGGCCCCGGCGCAGCGGCCGCCCCCAGAGAGCCCCGGCGCCCCGCCGCCCGGCCCCGCAGACGCCGAAGGCGCCAUGGCCGCCAAGCCCGGCGAGCUGAUGGGCAUCUGCUCCAGUUACCAGGCGGUGAUGCCGCACUUCGUGUGCCUGGCCGACGAGUUCCCGCAGCCGUUGCGGCCCGCCAAGCUGUCCAAGGGCCGGGGCCGGCUGCGGCGGCCGCGCCAGUCUCGCUUCAAGACGCAGCCGGUGACCUUCGACGAGAUCCAGGAGGUGGAGGAGGAGGGGGUGUCCCCCAUGGAGGAGGAGAAGGCCAAGAAGUCGUUCCUGCAGAGCCUGGAGUGCCUGCGCCGCAGCACGCAGAGCCUGUCGCUGCAGCGGGAGCAGCUCAGCAGCUGCAAACUGAGGAACAGCCUGGACUCCAGCGACUCCGACUCGGCCCUGUAAGGGGCGCCGCCCGCGGGGGGGACGCGCGCGUCCGCGGUCCGCGCGGGGACCAGCGUGUGAACCCCGAGAGUGCCCGCGCCGUGCUCCCGGGGGACCUGCAAGGACCCGGGACCGCCGCUUCUCGCGCGCUCGGACUCCCGCCCCGCUGCGAACCGGUUGGUGCGCCCCUCGCCGCGCUCGCCCUGGCCCGGGGGCGCCGGGACCGGGGCCGCUUUCCUUGUCCUUGUAAAUGUUUAUUUUUUAACUCUUCCCAGUGCGAACUCUGCUGUGAGUGUGUGCGGGGAGGCGCGCCCGCGCUGAGUCGGCGGCGGGUCGCCACUCCAUGCCCUUGUCCGAUGGUUUGCAACUCCGAUUUUGCACACCGCUCCACCGUGCCCCCCAGCGCACACCCGUUCACACUCACGCCAACACUCUCGCUGAACACUUUUAUAAUUGUUAGGCGUGGCCGUUGGGACUUGGGGCGCAGCGCAGCUGCUGCUGCGUCUGGAGGAUUGAUAUUUAUUUUUGCAUUGCGAUGGCUGAAGGCGUUUAUUUAACGAUCUUUUUACCUGGAUAUGUCUGUGAGGCUCCUGAAAGGAGACAAAUAAAAUCAAUAUAUUUGCACAGUGCA